AUGAAAGUCAUUGUAGUCGGAGGCUCGCUGGGUGGCCUGUUCGCAGGCAUUGUCGCUAAAUCACAGGGCCACUCUGUGCACAUUCUCGAGAGACAUGCUGCCGCCCGCGUAAGAGGCAGCGGUGCGGGCAUCGUGCUCGGAGAGUCGAUCCGUGAAUUCCUGUCUCGAUUUGCGCCAAAUAACCAGCUCGAGACCGUUGUCAGCGACGGCCAUUUCUUUCUCGAUCGCGCCGGAAACAUUAUCCGUACGGUAGAGAAGCACCAGGAGACCACGAGCUGGGACCAGCUGUAUCUGAUUGCGCGCGAAGCUUUUGAUGGCGGGGAGAUAGAGUCGAAAUAUCUCGAGGGGCAUGCCUUUACGAAAGCCGAGGUUCGGAUUGGAGAUGGCAAAGUCGAAGUCUCUUACACAGAUGCAGAUGGGAUGCUGAAGUUCGAGGAUGUGGAUCUUCUUCUUGGUGCAGAUGGUGCAUUCUCUGCUCUCCGGAGGAGUCUGUUGGCGGAUGUGGCGCCGAGUUAUGCUGGAUACGUCGCUUGGAGGGGUAUUGUCAUGGAAGAUCAGAUAACUCCGGCUAUUUUUGAUCUGUGUCUGAACAAGCUGGUUUUCUAUAAUUCGCCCGGAUGUCAAAUGGCCGUAUACGUUGUACCCGGGGAAGAAGGCAAACGCUAUGUGAACUGGGUCUGGUAUUGCAACUCGGAAGAGAAUUCGCUCCCAUCUCCAGAGCUCAUGACUGGUAAUGAUGGAUCAGUGCAUCGAGUAACGCUGCAAGCUGGACAAGUGCGGCCGGAGGUCUGGCUUAGCCAAAAACAGCUUGCACACAAAGUCCUUCCGCUGCAAUUGUCCGAAAUUGUUCAGAGCACUUGCAGACCCUUUGUUCAGGCUAUUUGGGAUGUGAUCAGUCCUCAGAACUCCUUCCACGAGGGCAAGGUGAUCCUCAUCGGAGACGCAGUGGCGGGGUUACGUCCGCAUACAGGUGCCGGAACUGAACAAGCUGCCUUCCAUAGCCUUGCUCUGGAGAAACUUCUGAAUGGAUCGGCAAGGCUGGAAGAGUUUGUUCGGUUGGCUAUGGAACAUUCCCGAAACAUCCAGAAUGUUGGAGUGCAAAUCGGCGAGAGUAUUGGACUCGGAGCCGGAAAGGAGGACAACGCUCCUCGUACAGACAAACUAGCGUAG